CGGACAACUUGUUUUGUUGUUUUUUUUUUGUGUUUACUCGCGUAAUCGCGUUUGCGUUGUAGAGCUUUCUCUGUCUUUUUUUUAUCAUUUUGGUAUUCGAAAUUUGAAUCCACUGUUUCGGUCUAUUUUCGAAAGCAACGUAAAACCUACUUAGGACCGAGUACACCGUGUCCAAGUACUUCACCGAUGAUUCGAAUCCAAUUAUGUGUAUCAACUCUUUGGCAAUGACACACAAGAGAUAAAAAUGACCACUACAAAUACAAUAUUAUUGGGUGAGUACUUUAAAUUUUGAAUGUUAAUGUUGCAAUUGUCUAAUGUCAAUUUAAUAUUAAUUAAUUAUCAGGACAUCAAAGCUUUGUGGAAACGUUAUGAUUUUGGUAACGACAAUAUGCAAUCCUGUAAACCGAAGGUCACCGACCUAAAUCCACAUUUACUAUGUGUUCUGUGUAGUGGAUAUUUUGUGGACGCUACAACAGUAAUUGAAUGUUUGCAUUCUUGUAAGUAAUGUAUCACACAUAAUUAAUUGACCUAGUUCUUUAACAUUUUUACAUAUUUAUUAUUGAUUUUAAAAUUAAAUUAUGGUAAUAUGAAAUCUGAUAGUUUAGUAUAUGAUUUACUUGAGUACAGAAACAAUCAUAAAUAAAUAUAUACAUCAGUACUUUAAAUAAUCAUAAUGAUGUUUAUAUAGAUAUUUAAUAUUUUUUUUUUUAGUUUGUCGAAGUUGCAUUGUCAAGUAUUUAGAACGUAAUAAAUAUUGUCCAAUAUGUGAUGUAUUAGUCCACAAGUCAAAACCUUUAUCUAAUAUUCGACCUGACCAUACCUUACAAAAUAUUGUUUAUAAACUUGUACCGCGUUUAUUUCAAAGUAAGUUUAAAUGUUAUUAAAUUUAAACAUUACCUAUUUCUUUAUUAUUACUAAUUUCAUUAUUAAUAAAAAUAUUAUUAUUAUUUCAUUAUAUUACUUACUUAGGAGAGAUGUUGAUGAGAAGAGACUUUUAUAGUCGAAAUAAAGUGUAUAUACCUCGGGAUCCAAUGAGUCGUGGUGAUGUACCAGACAAUUAUCAUAUUUUUUCUUCUAAUGAUAAAAUUAGUGUGUGUCUUUAUUACGAAUGUGACCAAAAUGAUGAAAAAGUAUGUAUUUCAUUAAUCAUUUUUACAUAGAGAUAGUUAAAAUUAAUAAUUUUCUUUGAUUUCUUAGAAUAUACAAAAAACACACAAACGCUAUUUAUGGUGUCCGGCAUCAUUGACAAUAAUAACUUUAAAAAAAUUAGUUUACCUAAAAUAUGAAUUAACACCAGAUGAUCAUCAUGUAGAAAUCUUCUACCAAAAUUCUAUACUAGAUGAUCAAUUAACCUUAAUGGAUGUAAUUUAUAUGUUUGAUUGGAAAAGGGUAAAAAUUUAAUUUUAAUUAACGAAUUAGCAAAUUGAUUAUCUUAUUAUAAUAGUUAUUAUUAAUUUAAAUUUGUACUUUAUAGAAAGAUCCACUUACAAUAACUUAUCAAAUUCUUAAAGUUGAAGUUGAACCCGUUCAAAGCGAUGUAGUGAUUAAAGAAGAAAAUUCAUUGGCACCCAAAAAGGAUGAUGAAAAGUCUAUAGAAGAAAAUGAUUUGCUUCAAAGAGUUAUAGAAAAGACAGAAAUACAUUUUGAAGAUGUAUCUCCUAAAAUAGAAGAGAAAGCUACAGUUGCUGACAAAAUUCCAGAUUCCAAAGAAGUACAACUGGAAAUAAGUGAAAAUGGUGUCAUGAAAAUAACAAACAUCAAUCAAAGUAGAGAAGCAAUACAAGCUAAUGUUACCUUAGAACCGACCGAUGAGAUGAAUAAUGAAAAGUUAUCUAAAUGUAAAGAUACACAUAUAAAAGAUGACCAUAUAGAUGUUAAGAAAAAAACACUAAAAGUAUACCCUGGGUCUAAAAUAAAAAAGACAAAACCAAAAUUGGACACUAUUGUUGAAAAAAUUAAAAAACAAGGAACUAAAUAUAAAACAUUGACAUCUCCAACAAAUCACUGGAACCCUAGUAUUUCGAAAAAUUCAGUAUUAGCCAAAAAAAAGGAAAUAAACGGUGUAGACAAAAAGUGUCAAAAAUUUUUCAAAUCGAGAGAUGAUAAUGAUAAAAAAGAUGAAGAUAAAACCGAAGAGAGUUUAAAGAGAUUAGCUGAAGUGCCUUUAAUGAAGAUUAAUCCUCAAACAUUAUGUCCAAUUCUGCCUACUUCUCCAGCUAAGAAACCUAAAAAGCCAACUCCUAAAAAGAAUACAUUAGCUCACUCAUUGGCUCUAUUACCUGUUAGACCAACAAAUCAUAACCCAUUUACUAACCCUUUAAAUCCAUUUAUGUAUGGAACGUUUUCGAAUAAUUCUGACGGAAAUUCAGGAGAUCCAAAGGAUUUUCUUAAAGCUAUAUCUGAACUUCGUCCACCAUCAUCGGCUUAUCAUAAUUCAUUACCACCAUCAGUUAGUGUACUUUUUAACCCAUUAUAUGCUCACCAUAGACAGUGUCUACCAAAAAAAGCAACUACAAUUGUAGCUCAAUCACCAGAUGUACAAAAAUUACACGCUAAUAAAGGAGAAGAAAAAACUGAUCAAACAGAAGAUAUAAGUAAUGGUGAAUGUAAAGACAAAGACGAGUGUACAAAUAAUAAUAAGGGCGAAGAAAAAAUGGAUGUAGAGAAAGAAAAAACUUAAUAAACAAAAUUCUUUAUAACUUGAAACAAAAUGGACUUAAAAAAGUUUGAAUUUGAGUUUCCAAAACUUAUCAUGUGCAUAAUGUUUUCAAAUAGAUUUUUUUUUGUCAACUUAAGUUUCAGGCUGCCAACGUUCUACUAUAAUAAAAAGCAGUGAUCCGAAAUGACUAUCCAAUAUUUGCUACCAAUGGAAUUGGCACCCGAUUCGAUAUUUGAAAUCAAUUAAACACUUUUCAUUUUCUAGAGAUUAGAGAUAUUUUUGUCACAAAAAUAUUAGGUCAAAUUGGUUUUGGAAGAAAUUUGAUUUUUGAUAUUCUUAAUAUAAUCUGAUAUUCACCACUAAUAAUAGAUAUAGUUAGCUAUCAUUAAUGAAGUAUCUAUUACAGUAUGAUUUAACUAAACUUAAAUUAACUGAGUUUAGAGAUUAAAUUACUGUUGGCCAUUGUAUUUAAUAUUAGUAAGUGAAUUUUAUAUUAAUUUAUAGCUGGGUAAUUUUUGACAUGUGUGUUUUAAAAUCUUUAUAUUGAAAUUACUCUCAAAUUCUAGUCCUAGAUUAAGGUGUACAUUUUGUACUAAAUAUGAUAAUUAAAUAUUAUCAUUUUUAUCUUUGUGCCUUCAGUAUUUAAUUAUUUUAACGCCUAUUGCUCACAUAAAUAUGUGAUAUCAAUAUUUUUAAAACCUGCAGCUCAAUAUUUUGAAAUGUAAUGUGAAAAUGUACAGGGUACAAUGCACUGUGACACUUAAAUACUUAACUAAAAUACAAAAUUAUUGUUAUUCUAUUCAAAAUAUCUAGGUGAUAUAAUUUAUUUUGAUAUUAUAUCUUUUAAAAAUUAAUAAUAUAUGUUAUUGUUGAAAUUUGUUUAGAUUCUGAGUGUAACAAAGUAUUUAUUUUUCUGAUAUCUAGAGUAAUUAUUUUUAAAAGGAUAAUAUAUUUGAAUUAUAAAACAAAUAUUUGUUACCUAUAAUUUGUACAGUGCAUGUAUUAUUAAGUACAGUUGUAUUUAUAAAAUAUAUAUUUAUAUUUAUAUUUAUACUGUAUAGUUUAUGAUUUUUGUUUAUUUACAUUUAAAACAAAUUAAUAAUUUACUUUUUUAAUAUUCUUGCGUGUUCAGUAUUUUAUUAUAACAAUUUAUAUUGAUGAAUGUUUAGUGGCUCAUAAAGAAUUUAC